UGUCCGAACGCGAGAAGCGAACGUGCGUUGUGCUCGUUCCUCGGUCAAAUUUCGUUCUAAUCGUAUCUUUUGGAAGUAGUUGUGAUAUUUAUUUCGUUACAAUUUUCACCCGUACACCUUGCUUGUAUUUAUAUGAUCGUGUCAUUUAUCAAAGAAACUAAUAAAUAUUAAAAAUUGACAUCCGAAGGAAAUUAAAAUCGAUAAAGCACCGACCGUAACGUUUAACGUCAGGAAAAUGAGUUGCAGGAAACCUUCCGCAAAGAAAUCGACCAGGAAGUCGACUUCUUGCCGUAAGGGUAGCUGCUAUCGUUCGGACAGCACCGACAGCAGUUCGUCGUACACUUCGGAUUCUUUCUCCGAUUCGGAUAGCUUCGAUUCCGACAGCUGCGAUGGCUGCGAUAUCUCUCCUCAACGAAAGAAGAGCAAGGGCAAGGCAAAAGGGCGAUGUUCGCGACCGGCGAAGACGAACAAGUCGAGGAAGCCAGCCAGAACGCUGACGGCAUCCAACGCGAAAACUACGAAGAAGAAGCCGUCUCGUCGUACCAGACGCUCGUCGUCGUCGUCGUCGUCGUGCGGCUGUUCCGACUGCGACUGCUCGGAAUCGUGCAGCAGCGAUGGAAAUUGCUACAGUCGCGGUGACUGCAAACCACGUCGUAAAGCGAGAGCUUAAAUUAAAUCGACUCUCGCUACUCGUUAAAAUUCUCGUUCGUUUAUAGAAUUGAUUGUAAAUUAGAUACUAAAAUGUUUAUUUAUUUAUUUAUUUAUUACUUCUAUGGGUACACGGUAUUUGAUAUCGAUAAAUUGAUUCCUUUAUUUUUAUCGUUAUAUGCUGACCGUACGUUUUAAUGUUGCGGUUAAAACAAUUUUAUCCUAUAACUUGUAUAUUCAAAAUAUUUCAUAUUUUUAUAAAGCGAUCCGUACCGAUGAAAGUAGUUUUAAAUAGCAGUACUACGUAAAAGGAGACUGCAAUUUCUAUAAAAACAAAAUUGUAAUGCGUUACGUUAACAAUACAGAUGCCUAUUCAAAUCAAA